AUGUGGGCCGCUCAAAACGGACGCCUCGGCAUCGUGUAUUGCCUUGUUGAGCGAUGUGGCAUCGACGUGAAUGACAGGAACAAUGACGGGAAUACAGCGCGGAUCGAGGCCGUCUACUACGUCCACAAGGAUAUUGCACAGUUUAUUACGAAGCAAUGCGGCGCUGACGUGAACGUCAAGAACAGUAGCGGCUACACAGCGCUCAUGUGGGCGGCUACAUACGGCCGAGUCGACGUUGUAGAGUGCCUUGCGGGUGAAUGCGGUGCUGAUGCGCAGGAAAGCUACUGGUGGAACUACUGCGUUGAUGCAGGCAGCUCAAAAUGA